AUGCUUCGGCAUACGAAGUUACGUGAUGCUAUUGAAGAAGCAGUAAAAAAUGCUGAAGAUGCAGCAAAGAAGGCUCAGGAAAGUUCCUACGAAUCAGCUUAUCAAAGAGCUCAAACUGCACGGACAGUAGCUGGCACAGCUGAUGCACGUGCACGCGAAGCACGUAAACUGUCUGAAGAGGCAAGAGCCAUAGCGCGAGAAUUUUCUCCGGAAUUUGUUCAGUUAGGACUACAAUGGGAAAAACAAAAUCCACUAAUGAAAAAAGAUAUUUUCGGGUAUAGCUCAAAUCGUGAGGAGGAUAUUAGUACUGGAAACCGAAGAUCAGAUCAUAACAUUUUGCAUACACAAGGUAUGGUCAAAGAAAAUACACUUGGUCCUGAUAAUUCAGCCCAAAUUGGUAAUAGUUUAGAAGUAAGCGGUGGAAGUCGUCAAGGCAGUUUUCGUUCCAGUUUCCGCCGACGUGGAAAUACAACUCAAGGAUUCCAACAAAAUGAACAGUAUUCAAAUGAUAACUUCAAGUAUCAAGAUGAAGUGCACACAUCUAAUCCUAACAUGGAUUCAAAAAGAUAUUAUUCAAAAGAAUUUCAUGGGACUGGGAAAGAUAACUAUGUGAAUGCUGACUACAGGGGUCAGGUGAAUCAACAAAAUGCUGUAUAUGGACAGCAAAGAAGUCCAGCUGGUAGACCUAUAGCUAGAGCUGCUACAACUGGAUUUACUGGCUUAGGUUAUUCACCGUCUGAACAACAACAGUUUGCUCAGCAUAUGGCUCAGCAUCCUCAUUCUCCUUACCUCAUGGCUUCUACCAGUCAACAGUUAGAUAUUCAAAUGGAACCACAGAUUAAUUCCAAUCGAGGAUUUGAAUAUGGGACAAUGCCUCGUACUCGUAACAAACCUACAGAAACAGCAUCUCUUCAUUCACCAACAGUUGAUUGUGCAAGGCUUAUCAAAGCAGGUGUGCAUAGGUCAACUGAAAUCCGAAUAGGCACUAGCCAACUUGUACAGCCAUCCGAAACCUAUCGUGCUCAUGUCGGUUAUGUGAAUGACAUUCAUGACCAUAACUUCCACAAUAUGGGGAUGAAUAUAAAUGGUGAAAUCAAUAAUGAAGAGUCAAUCAUAGACAACUGGGAAGAGGAAUCUAUGUUAUCGAAGGAGCCUAGCUCACCACCUGAAACACCACUGACAUCCAUAAACAAGGUUCGACGGAGAACUCUACCAUCUAUAAUGACAGAACCUCCUAUCCAAACCACUAGAAAUGCUUGUAUUAAGCCAGGAUCACAACUACCAAACUCUAGAAUGAAUACGACUACAAAGGGAACAGCGCAUAACUCAAAUAUAGGUUGUGUUAUAGAUGAUCAGACGGUACAUAGUGCUGAGAAUUUACCGGCUGAUGCAGCUGCAACUUACAUCAUAGAGAAUGGAAUUCGUAAACGCGUUCAAGCUGAAACCCACAAUCGCCAACAAAAUCAACGCAAUAAAGCAUCCACAGGACCAUCUCAAAAAGUAUCAGAAACUGCCUACUUGGAAGGAAGCAGACCAGAAUGGACCACGGCAUAUGAUCCAUAUAGACCAGCAAUGGAAAACACCGGAGUUGUUACAGUCAAUAGGACUGGAGCAAAUAAACAGCACUAUCCAGAAACAGAAGACUUAAUGCCACUUCCUAAAUCAUAUCGUAUUGAAUCAAUAAUUCACCUCCCUGGUACAACAAAAGAAGCCAGUAUGCCAGAUAUUUCUGUAAUUCGUAGUCAUGCAACCGGUCAGUAUGAUAGUCCAUCAAGACGUAGAGCUGUUCAACAUCCUGUUUCCGGAGAACUUACUCGUGAAGAAGUUGCACGCUUGAGUCAGGCCAGAAGACAAGAAUUAUAUCAUGAAAUGGAAAGACGAAAACGAGGUGAAAUUGUAAUCCGUCUAGCUGAUAUUAAGGACUGGAUUCGUGCUAAUUUCGUCAUCGUUUUCGUUCUACUGAUCAACGCUAGCUUGGCAUUUUUCUUUUUCAAUUUGUUAACUGGAAAUACAGAUCAGCCUAGUCAUUCUGGUAGGCAUACUCAAAAUCUUGGUAGUUCACAACCGAGUGAUUCAAAUGUAGCUGCGGUCAAAACAAUUAAAACAGCUAAGAAAGUUAUUUCAGCAGCUAUGAAAACUAAGCACCAUGAUGCAACUGGACAACAAAAACCAUAA